AUGACGCCCCUCCGACUGCGCUGCAUCUGUCGCAGGAUUACAUCUAUCGUAGACAACUGCCCGUUAUACUGGAGUCGUGUGCUCUGCCUGGUCCGGGAUGAUGCGUCUUGGAAGGCAAUUCUUCCGAAAACCAAGGAGGCACCCAUCACGUUCCGGACUUCGUCAGGUAUUUCGCCUAAACAUCAAGCGUACGAGCUACGGCGCACAUCUGCUGCAUACAUCACUCGAGACGACCCAGAACUGCCGUGGAACAAGCUCCUCACGGUGAUAGGAGCUCUUCCAGCUCUACGCGAACUGGAAUUGAAGCGUCCUCAUUUCAACAUGGCACACUACGGGGAGCUGCAGUUGAAUGCUCCGAAUCUUCGCCAUCUCGUAGUAGAUUCCGACGCCACACUUCUUACGCCACUCUUACGGUCGUUGGAAAUCACGCGGUUCACGCGCGACACCACUGCAAUGUUAAGGAGUGUCAUACAAGCGAGCCCCUCCCUGGAUACGCUGUCUAUCAGCGACAUUGUAUCUCCAGACACUCCCUUGUGGCCGAGUACGCUGGACGUGAUCUCCCGCUCACAAAUCGCAACACUGUUUGUUCAGCUACACAACUGGGACAGAAUGGACCUUCCUCCAGCAGUUCACUUUCCAACUUUACGACGCUUGACAACCAACGUACCAACUCCGGUUUUGUCAUCGACCCUGGAGUACUUGGAUACGGAGGUGCCGAUCGAUCAAGUCGAAGUGAUGCUUUCGGGCGUAGUCGCAGUCGAGACGUUAAAGAUGUCACUCACUUGGCAGUUGCCCGACUCUCACGAGCCUCAUCUCUUCACCAUUCUUCCGCGUUGCCGAACUAUGAUCUUGAACAACGGACGCUCGGUGGUCGAUGCUUUGGCCGAUUUCGUCACGAGAAUUCAGGCCCCUCAACUGGAGCACUUCACGGUACACUUUCACCCGUCGGUGUCUAAGAACGCGAUAUCUCAAGCAAAUGGAGUUCCUCCUUGUCUCAGUCGCAACAUCAUGCGAAGCUCCAUGCGGAAGGCGCAUCGGCAAUUGACACACCUGUCCUCUUUCUUUGAAGCGCACAUGCAGGGAACGGUCGAUCUCAACGUGCACACACAACACUAUGACGACAACGCGUGCAUCACAUACCGCAUUUCGGAUCACUUGAUACGGGCCCGCUCAAAACCAGGAAUCGAGCUCCACACAAUCUUUCCUUCUGCGCGGUGUCAAGUUAAUCAUCGCCAUGCCGACCUUGCCUCAAUCGCAUACUCGCUGACAGCGUUCGCAUGGCCGUCAGUGAACAAGGUCUCAAUAGCGUCGUCACCGUCACUCACACGUUCGAGACGCGCACCGCACAUCGACCCAGACAUCUUUUAUGCGACUCAUAAAGAGGAUCGGGUUCUGUUGAGGCGCAACUUGGAACUCAUGUGUGGCGUCCGCACCUUAGAGUUCGAUAUCACGGAGACCGUAUACCGCAAUGGGUCUGCUCUGCUGCUCCUACUGGCAGAGGACACCACCGUCUGCAUAUGGCCACAUCUGGAACAAGUGCGAAUUCGCGGAGUCCGUCAACGAGCAGACGGUUCCUCCGUCCUGGGAGAAUGGUGGAAACAAAUCAAGACGUUGUUGGCGCGUAGGCUGAGAGCGAGCCAGUCUGGCUCAUGUGCACCAAUCAAGAUCAUCAUUGCGAGCGACGAGGUCGGGACAUGGGAAGGAAAGGGGGCACAAUCACAGUUGACGGAGGUGCAGGUACUCAGACAAAGUGUGCAACUCACAUAUGAGCAAUUAUGA